AUGACCGUAGAGAUGACUGUAGAGUUGACAGAUACAAACACACAACAACCACAGCAUACAGAUGGCUGGAAAUAUUACCGGUUCAGCUACUACUACAUUUCAUCUGAGUUGAAGACCUGGAGUGAGAGCAGAAGAUACUGUAGAGAGAGAGGAGCAGAUCUGAUCAUCAUUAACAACAAAGAGGAACAAGAUUUUAUUAAGAAGAUACCUGGUACAAUGAGAUUCUGGAUUGGUUUGACUGACAUUGAAGUUGAGGACAGAUGGAAAUGGGUUGAUGGCAGCACACUGACCACUGGGUUUUGGGUGACACCACAGCCUGAUGGCAAAAUAAAUGAGAACUGUAUUGCGUCAACUUCAUCAGGAUGGUUUGAUUAUCAAUGCUCUAAUACAAUGAAAUGGAUCUGUGAGAAGAACAAAAUGUAA